AACAUCCCCCUCAGUCAUGCCACAGCCGAGCCUCCAAACAGAGUCACAGCCGCACGAAGAUUUACACCAGGUGUUCCGCGAGCGUCGGAAACACCUACAGGAAAGAUGUCGUAUCCUCAAUCUGCAAAACAGGUUCCUCUCUCUGCCGUGGCGCCUUCACCUCACGUUCAGAGCUCCAGGGCCGCUCAGUGUGUGCGUCCCGUUCAAGGUAGGCUCGACGUCGUGGCGCGAACUGAACAACCGACUCAAGGAACAGAAUCUCCCCAACCUUCACCCGGCUUCCGCCAUCGUGGUCAGGCAUCCGCUGUCCCGGCUGGCGUCCGUAUACAGAGACCGAUUCCUGAACGGCCAGGCCAUCAGCGACUCGAACGAAAGUUGGAAGCAGAGAACGGGUCCGGAGUCGAAGUGGAAUUACUACUGGUACGGCUACUGGCUGCCGGCGCUGAUCUCCUCGGGGCGCGUGGCUUCGUCGUCGAACUUCGAGGAAAUGCUGCGACAAAACCUGGAGGUGUUCGAUUUCAUAAGCAGACAUCACGUGGUGAAGGACGACCACGUGGAGAUCACGAAGGAGAACGACUUCGGCGACCAGGAUAGAUUUGUUGGCUCUUACAUGACCGUCGUGGGAAGGCAAAUGGGGCUGCGAGACGCCGUCUCCUUCGCCUACAAGGGCAUGGAGGAACAGCUGAAGACCCGCUACGGAAAUGUUUCAUUCUCGUUCAACGAAUUUUUGGAGUUCGUCGUUUGGACGAACGAUCAAGGCGUUCUGGACAGCCACUGGACGCCCUAUACGGAGCUGUGCGUCCCUUGCAAACAGGACUACCAGUACAUCCUUCACCUGGAGACAAUUGCCCAGGAGUCCGAGGUCCUUCUGCAAGACGUAGGAUACCCGAAAGAGUUCCAGCUUCCCGUUAAACACAGGACAAAGGAACACACGAACGUAACCUACGUUGAUGACCUCGCUUUCUUUAAAAACGUUCCUAAAGAUUUGAUUGAGAAAAUUCUCAAAAUUUAUGAAUAUGACUUUGAUGUUUUCGGAUAUAAGCAAAAUGAAAUGCCAUGUUACUUGUACCGGGAAGAAAAUGUACAGACUUAUGUCAAGAACCGUGGGAAACAGAGUCCUACUGCUGCUGGCAUUGGUCAUCAACUCUUUCGCGCUAUUCUUCAUUUCAACCCAUACCCAGCCGCUGUCACCAUACAACUCCCGGGACCGUCUAAGGUUAGUGACUCAAGCGCCAGUCACAGGGUGUUCCAGCAGCGGCGCGAACACCUACGGGAGCGCUGCCGUGGGCUGAACUUGACAGAUAAGUUCACAACGAAGACUUGGGUAAAUUUCCUAACAGCUGAAGCACCGGGACCUCUGAAGGUGUGUCUGCCUCCCAAGGUUAGUGUCCCGCAUCUUGUUAACCUCUCAAGGAGACUACAACAUACUCGUCAUCAUAAAUAUAACAGUUGCGCCGAACAUUACUGA